AUGAACGAAGAUAUUUUAAAAGCUCUAACAAACAGAGAAUUAAAAAAGACUAUUUUAGAAAAAGCACAAAAGGUUUUAUUAGAAAGGAAAAAUAUUAUAAAUGAAAAAAACACAAAUCUUCUUAAUGACGUAAAAACGGAUGAUAGCAUACCAUGUUGUAAUGAAAACCAUGGGGAAUACAAACUAGAAAAUGAAGAUAACAUAAGCUUAGAUGAUAAAAAUAUACAAUUUUUUAAUCUUCAAGAUUUUUCGUUGAGAUAUUCAAAAACGUGUAAAAUAAACAAUUUAAAUUAUGAAAGUAUUGAAUAUGAGCUUUUAGUGUCCUUUAUGAACACAUUCAACAAUAAAAUAAAAUUUCAUCUAAAACUAAAUAACAAUGAUAUGCAUGAAGAUAAAGAAAAUUGUAUAGUUCACAAGAUGGUGAAAAUAUUUAGUGAUAAACUUAUACUUUGUUGUACAAACCCUAUAAUUAUGUUCACGCAAAAUAAUGACAAUAAUAGUUUAUUUGACAAAGAAAUAAUUUCCCAAGUUAGCACGUUUUUUAAUCAAAUCGAAGAAUGUGAAGAUUUUGAGAACUUAUUUAAAAAUUGUCUAACUACAAUACUGGAAAAAAUUUUUAAUUUCAAACCCAAUGCUGACGAUAUGGCUACCUGGGUUUCCAGACAAGCUUUUGUGGAUCUUGUAAAAAUAAUAAUUGAAAAAAGUGCAAAAAGAAAUGAACAAUGUAUAAUAUAUACAGCCGAUAUAAUAAAAAAAAAUUACACAAAUUUAGGAUUUUUUCAAGUUGAUAAUGUUGUAGUUUUAAUCGAAAUAAUUCAAUAUGCGAUAAUUAAUUUAUCAGAACAUAAAUAUAAUGAGAAUUGUAUUUCAUUUGUAAAUGAAAAAUGGUUUGAGAGUCUCCAAGAUUUGAUGAUGACCCUAAAAAACUGCGAGUGGAAGAUAUUCCUAAAUCAACUAAUUGUUAUAGAAACAUUCCUUUGUGAUAAAAAAAGACAAAAUACAAAAAAAACUUUUAAUGAAUUACAUAAACAACAAAUUGAACUUUCAGCAAUUAAAAAUAGUUCGUAUUCCAAAUGGUUUAAAAUUGAAUUACCUCUUUCAAUGAGUCUAUUUAAAGGUGUUUAA